CUCUCUCUCUCUCAAAAGAAGGUUCCCGGACUCCAAAGCAGACCAUUGAGCUUACGGAGGCCAGCGCAGUGGCUUCUUUUACGUGCCCUCGGUAGCGCGAUUCAUACCGCAGCGAUCUGGUCCCCCGCCGGCGAUUGAGAAGGUGCAGGACUCUGGUAGCCGAUCUGGGAGGUGUUCGCCAUGGCGUUAGCCGAAGUCAAGGCGGGGACGGAGGGGAAGGGGUGGGGGAUUUGCCGGCUGCCUUUCUUCGGCGGCGGGGGCGGAGGUGAUGGAGGAUCGUCGUCCAACUCUUCGUCGACGUUCAUUUUGACGCAUAACCACCAUUACCGAUCGUCGGGGCAGGGCCAGACGGGGCAGGUGGAGGGAGGGGCCGCAGCGGCGCAGGCCGGAAGGCGCAGCUCCGGCGCCACCUCGGUCUCGUCGGUUGCCAGGUCGCUGCUGCCCACCAGACGCCGCCUUCGGCUCGAUCCGCCCACCAAGCUCUACUUCCCUUAUGAACCUGGAAAACAGGUGCGAAGUGCAGUCAGGAUUAAGAACACCAGCAAGUCGCAUGUGGCAUUUAAGUUUCAAACAACUGCACCAAAUUUGAUGAGCAGAAAGAUCAGGUUGCAGUAGAGCAAAUUCUGAGGGUUGUCUUCCUGGACCCAGAUCACCCCUGCCCUCAAAUGGAGAAGCUGAAGAGGCAACUGGCUGAGGCUGAGGCCGCGCUGGAGGCACGCAAGAAGCUCCCUGAAGACACAGGUCCUCGGAUUGUUGGAGAAGGACUGGUUAUUGAUGAAUGGAAAGAAAGAAGAGAACGAUAUCUUGCUCAGCAGCAGCAGGUGGAAGGGGUUGAUUCAGUUUGAAGUGUUGGCCAAAGAAAUUAGUCUGACAACUUAUCAGUGGGAGCUAUUCUGGCUGCUAUAUCAGAUUAGUAGAAUUGUAAUUGCUGAAUGAUUGGCUAACAUCAUGAACGGGAGCUAUUCUGGCUGCUGUAUCAGAUUAGCUGAAUUGUAAUUGCUGAAUUAUAGGCUAACAUCAUGAACCAAGGAUACAAAACCAUUGUAGGGAAACCAUUGUUCUUUUGGCACACAACAAAUUAUCUUCAUGCCGU